AUGACGACCAAAUUUGAAGGUUCAAAUACCCAAAUACCCGUACUCCAAGUAUCACUUUCAACCGAUCCUCCCGUCGCUGGACAAAAAGAUGCAUUUACUGUUUCCGGAAAAUUUACAAAAGAUGUUACCGAUCAAACCAUACUUGCGAUUGCAUUUGUUGAUAUAAGUGGUAAAAAACCUAUACAAGAUCCCACUACU